GUUUUACUUCUAAUUAUUAAGAAUUUCAUUUUCUUCAAUAGUUGAGAACAUGAGUGAAUUGAAGUUAGAUCACCAUGGAAAACUUGAAUGCAUUAGAAGGCUGUUUUGUCUUAGAAUGGGAUUCCUCAGCAAUGCGCAUUCACGAUCCCGCCUAGUGGGGGAUUUUUGUUUGAAACUAAAGAUUAUCCUCAUGAUGGUAUGAUUUUACAAUAAUAAUUAUAAAGUAUUAGACUUCAAAUGAUAUUCAAUAGAAUGAUAAAGCUGUAUAAAGAUGAAUAUUUUAAAUAAGUAAAUCAAUAAAAUGUCUCAUUUAGAAACCAUCAGUAAAACUAAUUUAUUCAACAUACCCUGAUAUUUCCCAUAUAUAUUACCAUAUUCCCAUUUUCAUGUAUUAAAUGGUUUACUAUAAUCUAGUUGUUAUAUAAAGUGAGACUAUACAGGAAAUAAUAGUCGGCCAAUACAUAUAUACGACUGAGGAUUCAGUUCACUUAUUUAUAUUACAUUUUAGUUAGUCUAAGAUAGAAAUUUCAACUCAUUUAUUAUUGUUAUUACUAUGUUACUUUAUGGCCCCUUUCCUUAUAUUUCCGAUUAACGGUAAGUUAUAUUUAGUUUUAAGAUCGAGAAUUAUUAAAAUUGCAAUUUAUCAUCGAUUUCAGUGAUAAUUUUAAUAAAAAAUUUUUCUUGUAAAUACAUUUAUGGGGAACUACGAAAGCCACCAUACAGAAGAUACAAGUGUUUAUCAACAGCUGUCUACGCAAAAUAAUUCGGUUCCGUUGGCCAAACACUAUCAACAACAACCUACUAUGGGAGAGAACAAACGAGAUUCCAGUGGAGGAAGAAAUAAGGAAGAAGCUCUGGAAGUGGAUAGGAUACACAUUGAGGAAAGCACUCAACUGCGUCAAAACUCAAGCCCUCACAUGGAAUCCUUAAUGUCAAAGGAGAAGAGGACAACCAAAGAACACAUUACUCUGAGAAAUGCAGACAGACAUGAAAAGAAUGAACAAAAAUUGGAUAGAACUGUAAAGAAAGGCCGAAGACAGAGUGUGUUGGAGAAUACUGGUCAUUGGCCAUUGAGGUUAACUGGCGUAAGUAAAUAAGAUUAUAAUUGAUCGAGUUCCAGAAUGAACAUCCACACUGAGAAGAAGGUGCAACCGGCUGACGAGUCUCAAAUAGGAUGAAACGUGCGUUCUAGAUUCCACUGUUAGCCACUAUCCAUCUUUUCAUAUGGUGCUUGUGAACUAAGGUAAUAGCGAGACAGUCCUCACAGAAUGCACAUACGUUAAUGCGAAACUGAUCGAUUGCAGUCCUGAAUGUCAAUGGAAAGCUUUAAACUUUACCCCAUUGUACAUGCAAGUGGUUAUCAGGACUCAUUAGCUGAGUGGAUAACGCGAUGGCGUUUGAAGUGUACGGUACUGAGUAUGAGUCCCAGAGUGAACAUCAACUCUGGGAUACAGGUACAUCCAGCUAACGAGUCUCGGAUGGGACGAAAUGUGCCUUCUGUAUUCCACCGCUACUCACUAUCCAUCUUUCCUUUGAAAGUAUUGUCUUUUUGCAAAAUUAGCAGAUUAUUAUUUAUUCAAAUAAAGUUAGAAUUUACAGAAGUGUCAACUUCAGACGUUUUUUCGAAGUUAUAAAAUAACAGAAUGAAAUUAAUGAAGAUGACUAUAUUUUAACCAUUGACUACAUGAGUUGAUUUAUGAUAGAUCACCAUUUAAAACCUAGAACCGUUGGAUAGACGUUUGAUCCCAGUAUGGGACUCCUCAGCCGUGCACAUACACGAUCCCGCACACUUACUUGUGACUAGCUUCAAGAUGGAUUUCCUGAAGUUCUAGUGAGAAUCCGUGAACUGUAGAGUAGGAUGUGAGGCAGUUACCCUCCUCAGACAGUGGAUGAAGCGCUGAACAAGAUCAUGGAUCGAUUGAAGUCAUACAUUAACACUGUUGGAUGCCAGCCAGAUCAAUGGUCUAGAGAUUAGGCGUUCACGAAGGAGAUCGAAGGUCCUGAGUUCGAAUUAGGCGUAAUGGAUCGUGGAUGAGCAUUGUUCAGUAGUCUCAUACUCUGACGAAAUGGCCAUCCAGUACCUCCAGGUUUUAGAUGGUGGUUUAGUUUAGAUCGACUCUUGAAUUCAACUGUUUUACAAAAUAUCACCAAAACUUAAUUGAUAAACAGUUAUUCCUUUUAAUUAAUUUACAUAAUUCAAUAAGAAUAUAAAAUUUAUCCAAUUUAUGUGAUGCAUUUGGUCAAUUAAUUUUUUUUACUGAAGAUAUAAAAGAAGACGUUGAUUAUUUA